GAAUGAAUGGAUGAAUGAAUUUUGUGCGUAUACACGGUUCCUUCCCUUCAACAGUUGUAAUUGCAGUCGCAGAGACAUAGUAGAAUAUUAUUAAUUCACCAACAAAACCCUGCUAGUGAGUUAGUUCUAUUUUAGGUUGAAAGAGUAAAGAAGAUGCCGAAAAAGAUGGGGGUGAAUUCCAAAGCGGAAGCGGCCAGGGCUCGCAAGACCGCCGCGGAAACGGAGAAAAAGGAGCGGGAGACUCGACAGAAGGAGGACCAGUACUGGCGAGAGGCGGAGAGUUCCAAACCACGCGCCGCAAAGAAAAGGGAGGAAGAGGCAGAUAAGAAGGCGGAGGCGGCAGCACGACGAGCGGAGGCGCGUCGUUUGGCAGAGGAGGAAGAGAAGGAGCUGGAGAAGAUGAUGAAAAAGCCGGACAAGAAGGCGAACAGGGUGUCGAUCCCUGUACCAAAGGUGACGGAGGUGGAGCUGAGGAAGCGGCGCGAGGAAGAGCAGGCUCUGGCUCAGAAGAAGGCUGAAGAAUCCAAAAAGCGGACCGCUGCGGAGGAAGAGUACGAGAGAAUGGUGCUUGUGUCGAAUACGAAUCGUGACGAUUCGAUAAUAGAAGCUAGUACUCUUGACGAAGCGAUCGCUCAGAUGAGUAUCGAUAACAACUUACCACCCGACAGGCAUCCCGAGAGGCGACUCAAGGCUUCCUUCAAGGCAUUUGAAGAAGUUGAACUCCCUAAGUUGAAGCAAGAUAAACCGGGUCUUACCUACACUCAAUACAAAGAUAUGAUUUGGAAGCUUUGGAAGAAAUCUCCUGACAAUCCUCUUAAUCAAAUUGCUGCUGAGUGAAUGCGUUCAAUCAUCUACCUCACUGCUUCCGUUGCCCAUUUUCCAUUAACUCAUAAUAGCUUUUUCUUUACCUUUCAUAUUUGUUAUCCCUCUGUAAGCAAUAUAUGAGUUUCACUUUCUGUACAUUAUUACAAUCAUUGUUGUCAUACAAUUUCUGUUUCAUUCUCCUUCUCCUACUACAACCAAUAAGCACUGACGCUGUAUGUACCUACUCUUUAUUAUAUCAACUGCAUCCAAAUCUUUAAAUACAUUCAAUAUUCUUCUGAGGGUGAACA